UGACUUUUUUUAAAAAUUCUUUUUUAUUUUACUUUAAAAGUGUAAUCCAUCAAUAAGCAAUCUAAUAGAAAAAGAUCGAAAGGUGUGCAAUUUGUAAAAAGGUGAAUAAGGACAGACAAUCCCCUUUCAUAAUAGGUAACAACAUAAAAUAAACAAGCCAUAUUAAUUCUGUUUGAAAUAACACUGGAAGAGUAGUCUCUCAUCUAAAUCAACUCUAAACCAUGUCUUGAAAACUAAACUCUCUAUAAAUAAAGUGUUUUUUAUUAGUCAGCACAUUUUAAUUUUAAAAAAAUGCAUUUAAUGACAUUCAUAAAUUAAUUUGUUACAUAAAAAUAUUAAAUAAUUUUCAAAAAAAUCAAAACAAAAUGUGUUCGAAAACUAUUAAUUUAAAAACGUCAAUGACCUUGAGUAUGGUGGUUAUGUUUAUAUAUUGCGUUUGCGCAAUCCAAACAGAAACAAUAUACGGAAGUCAGAUUCACACUACAAGCGGUAAAAAAGUUAUACGUGUAAAUAAAUGUUGUGAAGAAUAUGAAAUAUUAGUGGGAUCACGUUGUACGCAUGUAAAUGAAACGGAUUCAACUGUUUGGAAGCCGAUAUUUACAAGUCCAGAUGGUCGGGUGGAUAAUGUACAAAUUGAACCAGAUGCAAUUAUAAAAUUAGCAAUUGGUUUACCGAUUUGUAGUACGACACAACAGUGGCAAGUUUAUCAUUAUGAUAACAGUAUUGAUCGUUUGUUAUUGUUGCCGAGUGGUACGCUACGACAUUUUAUACAUCAUGAUACACCUGAGGAUGUUGAAGCGGAACCAAUUGAGGGUAAAGAAUCCCGAUAUCAUGAUUAUGAGACUGGACAGUAUUGUUUAGACAAGAGACUUGAUCAAAAUGGUACAUUAGUUUCACAGUUUGCAUUAAUAUGCACUCCAGAAAUAUUAACAUCAUGGACGGAUGUGGAUUUCUUAAUACGAAAAGUAAUAAAUCCAAUAUUUCAUGUAAUUGCCCUUAUAUGUUAUUUAUUUGUGGCUAUUGUAUAUUUUGUAAUACCAACAUUAAGGGAUUUAACUGGCAACAUUGUUACAACAAUAUCAGUAUGUUUUAUUGUUAGUACAGUGGCGGAUGUAAUACGAAUUUUUACGGAAUUAAAAAAUCAUUUUAGUUUUUUGACUGCAGAUAUAUUUGUGUAUUUCAGCUUACUAGGCGCAUUUUUCUGGCUAAACAGCCUGGGAUUUUAUAUAUGGAAAAUGUUCAAGUCCAGAAAUGUAUUUUUACGUGUAACAGAUGGACGUAAAUAUUGUCAUUAUUCAUUCUAUACAUGGGGUAGUACAUUAACGCUCGCUGCAGUUGCAUUAUUUGCUCAUUUUAUGUUUAAUGAUCCCAAAGCUCCAACUAUAUCUAUUCUUCACGGGCAAGAAACAAUUGGUUGGUUGGGUAUGGCGGUUUUCUUCUCACCGAUUGCGUGUAUUAUACUUGUAAAUAUACUUUUCUACGUUUCAACACAAAAUAUUAUAAAUAAAAUGCAAACAUAUGGAAGAAUUCAUCAUAAAUUGCGUCAUAAUUUUCGAAUGUUCUGUUUAUUAUUCAUCAUCAUGACAGUAUCCUGGUUGUUCCUAUUAAUGUCAUGGUUAAAAUUUGAUCCAUUAUUUUACUCGUAUGUGAUAGUGAAUUCAUUACAAGCUCCAUUAAUUUUAUAUGUAACUGUAUUUGACCAAAAACAUGUAUUUUAUUUAUUACGAAAAUCAUGUUGUUAUGCUGAUUGUAUAUGUCCAUGUUGCCGUCCUGAACCAGAGUGUACAACAUCACCAGGUGGUGAUUGGGGUGAUGAAAUGCAAGCUAUGGAUAGUGGUAUUUAUUAAAAAGAAAGAAAAGGAAAUUCAAGACUGAGAGAGAUGAGAUUAUAAAUUAUAAAAGAUUAAU